UUUGUGCUCGUAGUGUUUGGAUGCAGAAAAGAAAAUACCUGUAAUUUCAUGGUUUCAAGAGGAUAAAAAACGGAAUAUCUAUUCCUAAAAAAUGUAUAGCGUCGUUGAAUUUAGUGAGGAUGACAGCGUCGCUAUUGUGCGCUCGUCUUGGAUUUCACCCACUAAGAAACAUAGUGCUUGGCCUCCAUUUAAAAAUUCCGAAAAGAUCAAGAAAUGUCUUACGGGCACAAUUUUAGAUGAUGACACGUGGAAUGUUUUUGGAAUUCGACGCAUUUUUUAUGUAACUGAUGACCUUCUCAGUGCUAGAAAGAAAUGUAAAGAAGCCGAACUUAAUUCCGAAGUAGAACUAGACAUUGAGCUAAAAAGAAAACACAAAAAAACUACAAGAUAUCUGUCAGUAUCCAGUGAAGAAGAAGAUGAUGGCCAUGGAAUGAAUUUUCCAAAACCACCAAAAGAGCCCGGCAGAAAACAAAUAGCGGAGGAGACUAAGGCAGAGAUGGAUAACACAGGCAAGCAUUGA